AUGUCGUUUUCUCGUCCGUCGCACCCACUCAUUUGCUCCCACCUCUUCACCCUUCCGCCGCCUCCCAACCGCCGCAUCAGAUGCUCAUGUCCUGACGGCCGUCCUUGUCACCACGAGACCGGCGCCUGCAGUUGCCAGGCCGGCCUGACCGGCGCCAAAUGCGAGAUCGCCUGUGUCCAGGGCAGGUACGGCCGCGAUUGCCAAGAGACCUGCGACUGCCAACGACAAGACGCCCGUCUUCUCUGCGAUCCCCUCGACGGCACAUGUCGCUGUCGGCCCGGAUGGACCGGUCGCGGAUGGAUCGCCGGCCGAGUCGAAUGUGCAGGCCGUUUGCUUCCAUGCUCUUAA